AUUAUUGAAAUCUGAUGAAGUUAACAAAUUAGACGACGGUGUUAAAUCUCGAAGACCGAAAGAAAUUACCAGGAGGGAUUCAAGUGACCCUGAUUGUAAGGGUGACUUCAAUUAUAAGAUAUCGAUAUCGGAUGAUACCAGGAAGAAAGAAUGCAAUAUAAAAAAUUUAUCUUACAAUAGAGUGGAUAGAUCAAGUCGAAUAGAGAGGGAAGCGAGUCAAAUCGAUAACAAAAGACCCGGAAUUCAAAAUAAAAAGGGUCUAUUGGCUUCCAUAUCACGUACUUCGACAGGUCGUUGGGCAUCACCUCAGCCACCUUCCCCUUCCGAAGCUCGAAAACCUUCCGGCAGUAAAAAAACAAGGGGAACAUUAUCACAUGCAUUCGACCCAAAUAAGAAGCCUAAAUUACGCUGGACGGAGGAAGAAGAUUGCCUUUUGUUGGAACUGGUAAAAACUCACGGCAAAGAUUGGAAUAAAUUAUCAGAAAUAUUAGGAAGGCCUUAUAAUGCCGUAAGUUAUCGGUACACAUGGAUCACAUCAAAGACGUGGACACCUGAGGAAACCGCUAGGCUUCACGAGGCGUUGAAAGAAUUUGGAGACGAAAACGAGGACUCCUGGAGUAAAAUUAAGGAGAGGUUUCCGGAUCGGACAUUAGAAGAGCUGAAGCACAAUUUUAAACAGUACGGAAGUUUGAACCCGAAGAGUGAUAAACCGUUGACGAAUGUUGGAACAUGGACGAACGAAGAGUUGGAGAAGUUUGAGGAGGCAUUGGAUAAAUAUGCAGGUGAAUGGAAAAAAUAUGAACUGGCAGAGUACGAAGAGUUGUGGAGAAAGAUCAGUGAAGAGGUGAAAACUAGAAGUGGGAGGCAAUGUCGCAGGAUGUAUUAUUGGCAAUAUAGUAGACCAUAUGAAUUUGAUACCAGGAUUAAAUAUGAAAAAUUUAACACGGAGG